AUGAAGGGCUGGACAAAAUCUGUGGGGCAGAGUAAUGCACACAAUAGCACAGUGAACUAUUAUGGAAUCUGGACAAGAUUUAGGAAAAGGGCUUACAGGUCAUCUGCCAAAAUGACAAACUUGGGGCGGAUAAUGGAUACUUAUGGGCCAAAACUUCUAGGACACUCAUAUUGUGAUCCCAUUACAAGUUAUGACAAGUUUCAUCAGUUCUCAGUCCAUCAUCCAGAGAUUUAUUGGUCCAUUGUUUUAAGAGAACUUUCACUCACAUUUCAUAGAGGUCCAGAGCGUAUUCUCAAUACUGGAGACAGCUCAAGGCACAGGGGCAUUUGGUUGCAAGGUUCUCUCCUGAAUAUUGCUGAGUGCUGUCUCUUGCCCAUGGAAAAUCUGAACAAGCAUGAUGAUAAUGUAGCUGUUGUUUGGAGAGACGAGGGUCUUGAUGACUUCCCCAUUAAUCAUAUGACUUUGAGAGAACUGCGAGGUCAAGCAAUGAGUGUGGCAAAUUCACUCGAUGCCAUAUUCUCCAAGGGUGAUGCAAUUGCCAUAGACAUGCCAAUGACAGUAAAUGCAGUUGUCAUAUACCUUGCAAUUGUUCUAGCGGGAUUUGUUGUUGUCCAUGGCAGACAGUUUUGCAGCAAAGGAAAUUGCAACACGCCUGCAUGUGUCUAAAGCAAAGGGCAUCUUCA